UGGCGGAGGCCUCUGCGCAGGCGCAGAAGGUGCGGGACCGAGCUGCGAGUUGGCGACGCGGAGCUGCUGGAUCGGCGGAGAUGGCUGAGGUGGAAGAGACACUGAAACGACUUCAGAGCCAGAAAGGAGUACAAGGAAUCAUCGUGGUGAACACAGAAGGCAUUCCCAUCAAGAGUACCAUGGACAAUCCCACCACCACACAGUACGCCAACCUCAUGCACAACUUCAUCUUGAAGGCGCGGAGCACAGUGCGUGAAAUUGACCCCCAGAAUGACCUCACUUUCCUCCGAAUUCGCUCCAAGAAAAAUGAAAUAAUGGUUGCACCAGAUAAAGACUAUUUCCUGAUUGUGAUUCAGAACCCAACUGAAUAAGCCAUUCUCUUGACUCCCUUUGUCAUCCCUUAAUUUAAUGCCCCCCAAGAAUAACAGCGUUAAUCAUGUCAAGCGGCUGCCUGCCUUGGAAGCCCCCCCACACGCCAGGGACCAGAGUGGCCCAGCAGUUCCACCCUCCCUUCUGGGGGUCACAGUGCUGCACCGGGCUUCCAGCAGGGCCCCCCUUGCUGCCAGAUUGUGGAGCAGGAGCUGCUGAGAAGCCUGCACCGAGCUUCUUUCUGCCCUUCAGUUCCCUUUGUCGCCCUUGGGAAAGGCUUGUUUUUCUUUCAACUAAAAAUAACCAAAACACA